GUACAUAUCAAUUUUAAAACACAACUUCACGAUAGCACAGAUAAUAUUCUUAUAAAAGGUGGUAUCUAGAAUCUUUCAGUGAAAUGGGGGCAUGCUGCCAGGGCAGCGAGGGACGGAACAAAACGUCGAAGCCCAGCAGCGUAUACAAUGGAAAGGUAUUGUUGUGUACUAGUCAACUUCAGUAAAGCAACAGAAAUUAGCUGUGUCUAUACAUUCUGAAAUUAUCUAUAAGAUUAAAGUAAUGCAGAGCCUAAAUCUAUACUUCUACAGGAGAAACAUCUUCACAAUAUUAAGAUAUUACAAACUGUGUUUUAUACUAGAAACUUUGCGGCUUAUUGUUUACAGACUUUCAGUCUUGGAAUCUGAUUGGCUGUAUUAGCUAGUGUAUAAUCUAACCAAAUCCCUGCAUUAACAAAUUUCCUUGAUACAAGAAAGAUGACUAUUGCAGUCAAGGUCAAUUCACUUCAAGAUUUACAGACUCGACGCCAAGAGAUUCUAUCUCACAUACACCACAACAUCCAGCUAACUCCAACUCUAUCAGAAUCAGAUCAAACACAAUAUAUCGCUAGAGGAGCUUCAAAUACCAACCAGGCUAACAGAAGGGAGAAAACUCCUAUUUCUAUUUGUACCAAUGGUGCUUAUUGUGGUACAGUCAGUGGAACAGACCAGCAUAACAUGUGUAAUGGCUUAUCACAAACAGAGAAAGCAUAUACCAUACUGAAGAAAGAAUUGUUUAAUAAUCCACAGCAAGCACCUGAUCCUAGAGAUCUAUCCUGGCCAACACCACCUAUAUCUGUUAAUGCUAUAGCUGAAUUUGAAGAUCAGUUGAUACAGAGUUAUCCCUCUUUAGACAAUGAAGCUAGUUUGGUGUCUGAAUGCCAGAAAAGUUCCUGUUCUGCUUCUGUAGAUGAUGAUGAUUUUAAUUCUUUCUGUGUUUCAUUAGAUGAAGAUUUGGAGACUGAUGGAGAUGUUAAUUAUAGUCAAUGGUCUGGUGGUAUAGAUUGGUCAACACCAAGUUCAUCUGAUAGUCGAACAUCAUGUUCUAGUACAGUUAGUGUAGAUUUAUUUGAUUGGUUUGAGAAGCAAUCGAUUCAAUACAACGCAGUUCAAAGGAUGUCAUCCAGUGAAUUUAUUCCAUUUGAUCCACCAAUAGUUUCACGAUUUGGUCCAAUAUCAAGAGCUGCUAGAUCGAAAUCAAAGAAUAGUGAUCCUGUUAUAGUGACUGCUGAUGAGGCUAUUAUGAAAAUGACACCAGUUACAGCUAUAACCCCUACCCAGAGACCAUACCCAGUGACCUCCCCUGCCCCUAGUCGGUAUAAAAUACCAGGACAGUCUAUACAACCCUUACCCACAACUAAUACCCAAACAACUCACGGUCAACCUCAUACACUCUGGCAUCAACACUCCAACUUAUCAUUCGCCCAUAGAGGAAUAGGUGGACAACAGUUACAUCGAGAAUUAAACAGACUAGAACAUAACGCUAGUGAGGCACCAACACAAGAUGAACGAUUAGCUUAUGAGUUACAAGCUAUAGAAUUAAAGAUAUCCAUGCGUACUGGUAAACGCCCAGAUCCUAUAGAACAACCUGAUUUAGGUAAUAUUGAACCACCGGCUAAUAGUGCAUUAUCACCACCCUCCCAACAACAGAGAACAGCUCUACGUAUGGCAGCUGUUGAAGCUCAGAUUGAGAGAAAAGAUGAGUUGAGUUUACGUCAACAGCAAGAAGAAGUUGAUAGACAGUUAGCAGAAAAACUCAUCAUGGAGGAAUUAAAAUCCAAGAAAUAUUCUCGGAAAUAGAAAUGGCUGACGGGCAUUACUCCUGCUGGAACAUCAUGGUGGGGCAAAAGUGGCAAGUUCUGCUUAUUCUGGAUUCAACCAGAAGAUCAAAAAAAAAAGUUGGAACACAGUGCAGAAUGCAUUCCAUCUUCUCAGAAAAAGAAAUGGGUGUAGAUAGAUGAAAAAUUGUCAGAAAUAGAAUUGUAGUUUUGAAUUUGACAUAUCAAGUUCUGUAUUGGAACAGAUAGAACCUGUUCAGGACAUGCCAAUCGAGUGCCACCCAUAACAUAAUGCUUGGUUAAACAAGAUCAUGGUUCAUUUAUUGCACAGUUGUUACUCUUGAUUUUCUCUUUGUAAACAUGCUUAAAGUUUAAAAAAAAAUUUCAAGAUAUCCAAUUUUCAUGGUCUUAUUAGAUCUGAAUCAGCAUGAAAUUCGCAAAGUAAAAAAAAUACUACAGAUGGCUGUUUUGGGCCAUUUUUGUUGUUCUGUUAUUAACUUUGUGAAUUCUUUAUCCCGGUUAGUGAAGAAUAAGUAUAUU